AUGGAUCACCUUACGACUCUGCUGCCUGAGCUGCAGAUUCAAGUCAUCGAGUACCUUGACUAUCCUUCCCUAGUGGUUUUGUCACAGACAAGUCAAUAUUUCCGGUCUAUUGUGCAAGUCCAGAGCCCUAUGACUCCGCAACAGAAGCUAUCCUACAUUUUCGUCGCAGAGAAUUGGAGAAAGAAUGAAAACCACUUCGCCUGCCCCCGCUGUCUGAAGAUCCGUCCCCGAGUUAAAUUUGCCGGCCACCCAGUAAUGCGCGAUUAUUGGAAGGGACACGAAGAACGCAAACGUCGACUUUGCCUCCAGUGUGAUCCACCAAGGAGAUACGAACAAAAAAUAGAGAUAGGUUUUAAUAGGUGUUGUGAUAGAGAUAUGGCGGAUCUGCAGGCAGUGAAACGAUGA